AUGAACACGGACGUUCCACUCAUCUCUCCCGCGCCAAUCACCUUCACGCAGACCUCCAUCCCUCCCCCUUCGCCCUUCGCCCGAGACUCAGCAAGGACAUUCCUCGCGGCGAACAUGAUUCACUCCAUCGAUAACAGCAGCGCCAUCUCUCCCACCGCCAUCUUCGCCAUGAGCCACAACACCGAGAAGAUCAAGUCACCUCCUUCCGCGCGCCUCCCGACCACGGCGUCUUCCGACCUCGUACCCGUCCAGGUCGAGCGCCCGAAACCGAAGCACAAUGUGGACGUGGGAUUGGGAUCAUGCUCGUGA